AUGGAAGACAACAAGGAUCAUGCAAAAUCCAACCUACCAACCCAGCCAUCCGUAGACUCACCGCCAACCUCCGGCCCUUCUUCACUAAUCCACUCUCCAUCUCUAGUUCGUUCACCGCUCCUCCAGUCACCAGACCAGCAGUCGCCGGACCACCAAGAGGUCCCGAAGCCAAAAACCGGCCCCAAGAUCUCUUUUAUAAGCAUUCCGCCACCAAGCCACUCGCCGUUCAUGUCACAAACUCCAUAUGUACCUGGUACACCAGAUAGGCCGAUGACGAUGCCUCCUAGUGGGGCUAGGACUCCCAUGGCUUAUAUAAGGUCUAGGAAUUUGACACCGAGGUUUCUGACACCUUUGGGUAGUCCUUUGAGAAAAGCUCUUCGGAUCACUAAAUUAGAUCCCACAGAUGCAUGGCUUCCGAUCACUGAGUCGAGAAAUGGAAAUGCUUAUUAUGCAGCUUUUCAUACGCUUUGUUCUGGGAUUGGGAUUCAAGCACUCAUUCUUCCUGUUGCUUUCACCAUCCUUGGCUGGGCGUGGGGAGUCAUAUUGUUGACUUUGGCAUUCAUAUGGCAACUUUACACUUUGUAUUUGCUUGUAAAUCUCCAUGAAGAUCAUGAAACCGGAGUUCGAUACAGUAGAUACAUGCAACUGGCAAAUGCAACCUUUGGUGAAAGGUUAGGAAAAAUUCUAGCCCUAUUUCCGACAAUCUACUUAUCAGCCGGGACAUGUGUAGCAUUGAUCAUCAUUGGGGGGUCGACGUCCAAAAUAUUCUUCCAAGUUGUGUGUGCGUCCACCGAUUGUAAAGCACAAACACUGACAGUGGUGGAAUGGUACUUGGUGUUCACUUCUGGUGCAGUGCUCCUAUCGCAACUCCCCAAUCUUAACUCUAUCGCUGGCAUCUCACUCAUCGGUGCAAUCACAGCCGUUGGAUACUGUACCACUAUAUGGUUGGUGUCAGUAACAAAAGGCAGACUUCCAAAUGUGUCUUAUAAUCCUAUUAGGAUUGGCAGCGAAGUAUCCAAGAUUUUUGAUGUCCUAAAUGCUCUUGGGAUUAUUUCUUUUGCAUUCCGAGGCCACAAUCUUAUACUUGAAAUUCAGGCAACCAUGCCGUCGAGCGAAAAGCAUCCAUCAACAGUACCAAUGUGGAAAGGUGUGAAAGUUUCGUAUACGAUUAUUGCCAUGUGUUUAUUCCCACUUGCAAUUGGAGGUUAUUGGGCUUACGGGCAUAUGACUUGGUUCCCAUCCCGUUGCGUGGGAACAAGCCGGGGAGUUUCCAGAGCAGCAGCAGCAGUAGUAGGUGAUCAAUUCCCACACAGACCAGCAGCUAUUUCGAGGUACCUCCUCAGCUAG